ACCCUAUCAACCCAAAGGGAGUUUGGCAAAGAAUAAUAGUGUAAAAAUGGAGAAACACAUCUCAAACUGUUUUAAUAUAUUUGUCGUUAUAGCUGUCAUUGCCGCAGUGCAAUAUUCAAGAGUUGAAGCAGACAAAUGCUCAGAGGUUUUCCAGAGAUGUGAUGACAUGGAUUGUCCUGCACAUUGUAACUCAACUUAUGGCAAUCGAAGUUUAGGGCAUGAAUGUGAUCUGUUCAACCUCUGCACUUGUUUUUUCGACCAAGAUUCUUCCUCAACCAAUAUUUGUCACAUUGGGAAUGGAACAUGCUAUACUGGUGAAUGUGAUACAGCUUGUUGCAAUUCAAGGUGUGCUAGUUUGAAACAAGCUUUUGGAACUUGUAUUCCAAACCAAUUCACCAAGUAUAGAUGUGUUUGUUCCUAUAGAAGCUAGAUUACUAGAGUUAUGUUUUUGUGGAUGCUACCAUGACCAACUCUAUUAGGGUGUUUUGGAAUAUAAAAAAAAAAUUCUUUUAGAUUGUUAUUAUAAAUAUAUAUUAAAAAUUUUAAUGUAUUAAAAUAUUUAUAUAAGAUUUUUAUUUUAUUUUAUUAAAUAAUGGAUCUAUCACCAUUUCACAA